GUUUAUUUUCAUCUUGUAAGAAAAAAAAAAAGUUCUGGCUAAAAAUCUCAAUAAAAAUCAAUAUCAAUCUGCAUAAAAACUGUUUCUGUGGAACAAUAAUUGUUGUAGUUAAUAAAUUAAAAUGAAAAAAGUUUGGUUAAUUAUGUGAAUAAUAUUUAAAAAUGUAAAACAUCAUGAUUCAAAGUUUGCAUAAAUCUUGGCAUAAAUUAAGGCUUUUUAUAAUUGCUGCCCACGUAAAAGUUGAAAUUAAGUGAACAAAUAGCUAAAUCAAUUACUUUCAAAGUGAUUGAUUCAUUGAAACUAUUAACAUUAAUCUGAACAUUUCGCAACAAUUUUGGUCAGUUUUGAUGUGAAAAAAAUAAAACGAAAAAAGUUUCUGUAGCAAUUUUAACACAAUGAGAUUAAGUCUUUUUUUAAGCAUAAUGAAGAAAGGAAAAAAUGCAGCAACAAAAAAUUACUAACUUUGAAUUUAAAGCUCCAAUUUGAUUUAUUCGCAAGACUAAGUAGAUAAUUUUUUUGUUACGAAGAAAUUGAAAACGCUCGGGGAAAAAAAUCAAGAGAAAAAAUAUACAAUAAAAAAUCAAAGAUGGAACUGUCGACUGUGGUCAUAAUGAUAAUCACAAUAACUGUUUGUGUAUCAUCUCAUCCACUCGACACAACAACUUCAUCGCCUGAUGACCCUAACAGAAUUUUCUUUACUUUACCAUCGUCUCCAAUCAAUCCAAGCAGCAGUAGCAUUCCAAAUGCUCCACCAAAAUCGAACGUCAAUGAAAAUCGUCUCGAAAUUACACUCAACAUUGACGAUACCAGUGAUAAGGAAAUAAUCGAUAAUGAUUUGGUUCCAUCGCAUCCACGCAACGUGACGGUACAUGAAGUGACAUCAUCGACGAUCAAAAUCUCAUGGCUCGAACCUGAAAAGCCAAAUGGACCGAAUCUCAUUUAUAGAAUCUACUACACAUCACUAAAUCAGACUCAUCUGGCAAUGCCGAAAAACGAUCCCGAAAAUGGGAUGCGAAGUGAAGCUGGAAUUCAUUAUUACACAUUAAAGAAAUUAAGACCAUUCACUGAAUAUAAAAUUGUCGUUGUCGCAAUCACAACAAGACAUGAUGGAAAUGGGUCAACUCCACUCAUUCAACGAACUGAUGUCGCUGCUCCAUCACCACCUAUCAUCACAAAUCUCGCUUGUCAAAAGGAUGGAACGAUCUUAUUAAGAUGGAAACGUCCUGCAAUCUUUUUUAACACUAUCGACUUUUAUAUUGUUAGUUAUAAGUCGUCAAAGUGGGACUUUUACCGACAAUUUCAAAUAAAUGCGUCAGCUGAUCACAUUGAGACUGAGCUGAGAAUUCCAAACUUAACCAUGAACGAAAUUUAUGAAGUAAAAGUUCAAGCUGCUUCACUCAGUAUUUUUAAUCCCACAAAACUUCAGAUUGGCGAAUCAAUGACACCUAAAUCUAUCGAUCUACAACCAAAUUGUGAAUACAUUGAAGCUUCACAACGCAAAGGUUUCGCUCAUCUGAAUUAUGAUUUUGCGAUCAUCGCAACGAUUGGCGUGAGCUGCUUUGGCUUGAUAAUUGUCGUUCUCGCAGUUGUUUUGUGGCGAAAAUGCUUCCAUUCGAACUACUACUAUUUGGAUGAUCCUAAUCAACCGAAUGCGCCACCAAAUGUUGACCUUGAAGCGCCCAUCACCAUUGCAGGUGAAACACGAAACGUCGUCCAUGUAGAAGAUUUUCCACGACAUGUCACACAACUUCAUGCUGACGGUGACAUUGGAUUUAGCAAGGAAUACGAAUUGAUACAAAACGAGUCAAUUGUCGAUGAACACAGUAGCGAACACUCACAACAUUCCGACAAUAAAGCAAAAAAUCGAUACUUAAACAUCAUCGCAUAUGACCAUUCACGUGUACAAUUGCGUAAAACGCCGGGGCAAAAGAAGGAAAAUGAUUACAUUAACGCUAACUUUAUUGAUGGCUACCGGCAAUCGAGAGCAUUCAUCGGAACGCAAGGUCCAUUGCCAUGUACAUUCGAUUGUUUCUGGCGAAUGAUUUGGGAACAACGUGUUGCCAUAAUCGUAAUGAUAACUAAUUUGGUUGAACGUGGAAGACGAAAAUGCGACAUGUACUGGCCAAAAGAUGGAACUGAAACUUACGGUGUCAUUCAAGUAAAGUUGGUGAAAGAAGAAGUCAUGGCAACAUACACAGUCAGAACUUUCCAAAUUCGACAUUUAAAAUUGAAGAAGAAGAAACAAUUUCCAUCGGAGAAGUUCGUGUAUCAAUAUCAUUACACAAAUUGGCCUGAUCAUGGCACGCCAGAUCAUCCACUUCCAGUGUUAGAUUUCGUUAGAAAAUCUUCAACAGCCAAUCCACAAGAUUCCGGUCCAAUUGUAGUGCAUUGUAGUGCUGGUGUAGGACGAACUGGAACUUAUAUUGUCCUCGAUGCAAUGUUGAAACAAAUUGAACAUCGGAAAUUGCUCAAUAUCUUCGCUUUUCUUCGGCACAUUCGGACGCAAAGAAAUUUCUUAGUGCAAACAGAAGAACAAUACAUUUUUCUUCAUGAUGCACUUGUUGAAGCAAUUGCAAGUUGCGAAACCAACUUGAAUAUAGAUCAAAUUGCUGCUCGUAGCAUGGACGAAGAAUAUUUAAGCGAACAGUUUAAACUUAUCACAAGUUUUGCUGCCAAAGAGAUUCACAUGACAUCAGCGACAAAACAAGUCAAUCAAGUGAAAAAUCGGAUGAUUUUACCUUUGGAAGGAAGUCGAGCUCAUUUAACACCGAAACCCGGAAUGGACGGAACUGAUUACAUAAAUGCCACUUGGUUGUUUGGCUUUCGACGAUUGCGUGACUUUAUUGUCACACAACAUCCACUUUCGAAUACAAUAAAAGACUUCUGGCAGAUGAUUAUGGAUCACCAGGUGCAGACAAUUGUCUGUUUAUCGACAGUUGAUGAUGUGUCGUUCCUUCAGUUCUGGCCAAAUGAAAAUGAGACGAUAGAAAAUGAAUAUUAUCGAUUGCAAUUGUCAACAGAAGGUGAUGACGAGCAAUAUGAUUAUGUUAUCAAACGUUUCAAUAUUCAAUCGAUACAAGAUGGAACGGAAAUGAAUGUUCGAAUGUUAUACAAUCCAAAUUGGCCGAAUUUAAAUAACACAACAUGCUUGUUUGAUUUCCUAGUUAAGAUGCAUGAAAGAUGCGAUGGAUAUAAAAAUGGACCGAUUGUUGUAGUUGAUAGAUAUGGGGGAGCUGAAGCAUCAACUCUUUGUGUUGUGUCUUCAUUGGCACAUCAACUUGAAUAUGAUAAAACAGCCAAUAUUUACAUGUAUACAAAACUUUACCACAACAAAAGGCCUGGAAUUUGGUUAUCGCCAGAUAAUAUUUCAAUGAUUUACAAGAUACUUGCGGCCUUUCCAAAAGGCUUUGAGCUGCUAAAGCACACUGCGUUGAAAACAGAAUUUGACGAUUCACUCGCUACAGCGACGCCUGAUCUCUUCAGCAAAACGCCGGAUUUGUACAGUAAAAUUUGUAGCAAUGGAAACAUAAGCAAUCAUUUGUCGAAUGGUAAUGGAAAUUCCGUGAUUGUUAAGAUGAAAAACGAUGGUGAGAAUGGCGAUUUGUCGGUUGUUGUGACAUCUGAAACGUCUGAUAAUUUAAUGUUAUCGAAAUAAGUUUAAAAGUGUGUUAAAAGUUAGUGAACACUACGAUCUCAAAUGCUGGGUGAAGAUUUUCUUUUUUAAUUCUUCUUUUUAUUUUUAUGAACAUUUUAAGUUCAAAACACGAGAAUUUGAGAGUUGAGAAAAUCCUUCUUAAGAUAAUCAAUGCCAAUAUGCUAUUUAAAAGAAAUUAUUUAUAAGCCUAAAACAGUUCACUUCCCUUCAAUGUGUGAAUCUUCGAAGUGAUCCUUAAAAGCCCAAAUGAAUUAUGGUCGAGUCAUUAAUUUUAUCAUUAUACAAUCUUUAAAUAUGUUGCAUGCUUUUGCACAAUUUACAAUGAAAACCUCUCUCAUUCUUACUACAUAAAUACAUGCACACAUAUAAAAGUAUUUUUAAUUUUUGACACUUCAUUUCUUCAUAAUCUUCUUUUAUUUUAAAAUAGAAAGAAAAUUAAUUAAUUAACGUUGAGAAACAUUAAGAAAAAUGAAAAUACUCAAAGACUUUUUUUUCUACUUUGAAAAGCGAAAACAUAAAAGAGGAAGAAAAAGUAUCUAAUUAAUUAAUAGUUUCCUUUAAUUUGAGGUAUUUCGAGUAGUUUCAGAAGAAAAUUGCACAAGAAAUAUUAAUGAACACGAAACUUUCAAACAGUAUUUUGAUACUUAUCAUCUAACUAAUCAACAUGAAAUCGCGCUAUUCAUCAGAAGAAAUUGACCGUCUUUAGACAGGUUUUCGAUAAGAUUAAUUAACUGACAAUGUGAUAAAUUAUCAGAUUGGAUCGCAUCCAAAUCCGAAUUUUCAACUCAACAACCAGCUGGCCAGAUUUUCUCUAAUGUAGAAAGAAAAUCUUCUUUUUAUUUAAAGUCUCUAACAACAGACAAAGUGCCAAAACAAGCUUCAUUUACGAUUUUCUUGUUUUCUUUUCUAAUUUUUGUUUCAGAAUAGAUUUAUUUUUCAAAAAUAUUCUUUAUGAAACUAAAGAGAGGAAGAGAAGAGAAAGAAAAUUUUAAGUGCUAUAAUUAAUAUUUAUUAGAAAUUCAAAAAGCGUUUUUCUUCAACGACUCGUAAAUCCUUUUCAUACGUUACUGGCGAUGUUGUGAUUUUAAUUUUAUUCUAAUUUCUACAAUUAAAUUUUUAUUUCCUUUAAUUAGGUUUUGCAUUAAGCAAAGCUUAGAUAACAGAUUAAAAUGAAACAAAAAAAAUGCAGUUUAAUGUUUAUUGGAAUGCUGACAAAAACUCUUUUCAAAUUAGCUAACAAAUUGUAAUUGGACAACUAAAUAAGUAGCAAAGAAUUCAAAAUAGUUAAAUAUUAUUCCAUAAAAAAUAAUUCCAAAUUUAUCGUGAAAAUUAGAAGCAAAAAAACUUCCCCACAAAUUGAUACAAACCUUCACAUUUACAUCAACAUAUUUGAACAUGGGAAAUUCCUACUAAUCAAUUAAUGUAAUUUCAAAAUGCUUUAUAAAUUGUAAACGAAAUCAUUGCAUCACAUAAUACAGAAGAAUGAAAGUGACACAAAAGAAUAUUAUUAAACUAAACGUAGAUAAGAAUUUAUUAUAAGAAUUUGUAAAUUAAAUAACGAUAAAGGAUUGCAUAUUAUUUAUUUAAAAGUGAAAGUCAAGUUUUCUGUUGGUGCAUGUGAUGAAUUGCAAUUGGCUUUCUAGCUUUUAAAGAAUCUCAUUUGAGAAUCUUAAAUAUUGCUUUGAACACAAAUCAGAAAGAAUUUUCAAUGCCAUUCCUGGCCAUUCAAAACAUCACAAAUAAUCUGACUGUAAGAAAAUCUUUUUCCUUUAUAAAGCCGUACUAAUUUCAUUAGCAAGUUUUCUACUUUAAUUAAAUAACUAAGCAUGUUAAAGUACAAUAUUUAAUGGAAACUUCUUUUUGUAAGUGAAAGAAAAUUGCAUUUAGAUUUAACUUUAAGUUUCUUAUUCGCUACGACUGUAAACAAAUAUGUAUUUAUAAGUAAGAAAAAUAAUUUUUUUCACCUUUCCACCAAGCAAGAAGAAAUCGUGCAUUUUUCAAUUGAAUUUAUAUUGAUGAGACAUGUUUAUAAGAUUUCAUUUUACUUCCAAAGCUCUAGAUAGCAUUGAUUUGUAAAACUUUAAAGUCAGAGAUUGUGAACAUCGUCAACAAAAAUUUAUAUAAUGAAACAGACUAAAACAAAAACAAGAAUAUCUAAUAAGAAAUUUAUUAAAUGUAGGAAAAAAUAAAAGAAAAGCAUUUUGCAAUGUAAGGUGAACGUAAUAAAGAAGGAACGAACAUUUGAUGAAAAAGCUAAAAUAUUGUAUUUUUCUAUUACUUUAUUUUAUUUGACUAGCGAUUUGACGAAAUGUAUAAUUAUUGACGAACAACCAAAAUGGUAAGGAAACGCAGUUUUUGAUGUUUGCUGGAUAGGAAAUGAGCCCUGAAAACGGUGCGAAAUUGAACUUGUCACUGAAUACAAUAACAGCGUGUUUUCGAUUGAACAGUGUUAUAAAAACUAACAUGAGGCCGACAAUGAUCUUUAUACCAUAGUUGAUUCCAUGAUUGAUGAGAAAGUUCUUCAGUACGUCACUUUCAUUUGAAUCUUUAAUUUGAAUGUCAAUCUUGCAAAUCUUUCUUUCAAUUUUAACAAACUCUGUAUAUUGUUCUUUCAUAGGCGUACGUUCAAGCUGUGCUUUUAAUUUUGAUCUUUCCUGCUUCAAUUCCUUAACUUUCUGUGAAUCUUGUGAAAUGAAAUUCAGAAUCGGUUGUGUUAGAUGUUUGUGGAAUGCCAUGAGAAAAGACAAGAUGCUUAUAACAAAUAAUAGAUACAUAUUUAGAAUAAUUUUAUCACUUUUCUUAUAUUUGUUGACAAAUUUAAUU